AUGGCUCCUAUUCCUGAUGAUAACCGCUGGAUCAAGAACAGCUACACCCAAGCAAAAGCAGCUCUCAGUGCAACGAGGUCAAAAGCAAAGUCCCUUUUCAGCACGGCGAAGUUAAAGAAAGCUAAAACACAAGGCUAUGAUCCGCACAGUGCUUCCGAUGUGAGGCUGCAGGACAUGGUCCCUCCCCCUAAAUCGUCAAAACCUGCUCCUUCCUAA